AUGGAUGCAAACCAGUUUGUUGCUGACGAGGAUGACGCUACAUAUAGCUGUCGUGUUUCUGGUGUACUUUUGCUAGAGGAGGUGGUGAAUUCUUGUGGCAGUGAAGGAAUUCAUGCCAUCAUAGAUGCUAUGAGAAAGAGAUUCAAUGAGUCUCAACAAGAAAAGGCUUCUGGCUCAGAAGCUUGGUGGAGAGUAAGUGAAGGGCUUACUGCACUUGUGAUAGCAGCACUGUCAAGUUGGUGUGCAUUGCCAUCCGUAUCUCCAGUGAAGUUUCUGGAAGGUGUCUCUGUGAUAAGGGAGGCUAUCCUCUUUGCAUUUGCUGCUCUCUCAGACCAAUUGCUUGAAGCAGAGGUAUUUCUUUUGACAUCUCUUAUUGUUGUGCUCUGUAAGCAGUGGUGGGAAGCUGCUUUUCUCUUUGUGAAGAAUGCUUCAGGGCUGAUCAGUGUGAAUUUAGCAAACCUUGUAGAGCAGAUGGUCACUGAAGACAUUGGAACAAGGGUGCAUGAAUAUCCCUUUCUUUAUGCUCGUAUUUUUACAUCAGUUGCUAAGUUCUCCUCUGUGAUCAGCCCUGGAGUUCUUGAGCAUUUCCUCCAUGCUGCUAUCCUGGGAGUUGGCAUGAAUGUGCCUCCACCUGUGAAGGUAGGUGCUUGUCAGGCACUUUCUCAACUCCUACCUGAAGCUAACAACGAAAUUAUUCAGCCUCAACUGAUGGGUUUGUUUUCAUCACUCACAGAUCUUCUUCAUCAGGCAUCUGAUGAAACAUUGCACCUGGUACUUGAAACACUGCAAGCAUCAAUUAAGGCAGGUCGUGAAGUGGCUGUAUCAUUCGAGUCUGUUGUCUCACCUGCCGUUCUUAAUAUUUGGGCAUUGCAUGUUUCUGAUCCUUUUCUCAGUAUUGAUGCAAUUGAGGUUCUGGAGAAUCGAAGUUCAAGGUUAUUGGAGGCUGAUGUUGUUAGAAUUGGAGUUCAAGGUCUGUUGGUGAUGUGGUCUGAGCUAAGAGCGGUGGUUCUUGGUGACGGUAAUGGCUUGCAAGGGAGAGACGAUGUUGCUGCUCUUGCAAUUUCUCACGGUGACUAUGGAGGAUUGAGGGGAAAGACAAUAGUGAUGGUGGGGGUUGCAAUGAAAAAUGCUCCUGGUGGUAUUCAUCCAUUGGUUUCUCGAAUUUUGCCACAUAUCGGACCGAUAUUAAAUAAAAAUGCUCCACGUGAUGUCAUAAAAGCCAUGUAUGAUACUUGUUUUGAUGCUGUUAUUAGAAUAGUCCUUCAAAGUGAUGAUCACAGUGAAAUGCAGAAUGCCACACAAUGUCUGGCUUCAUUUAUAUCUGGAGGGAGAGAAGAAAUACUUUCUUGGGCAGCUGAUUCUGGAUUCACAAUGAGAAGUUUGCUUGAUGCAGCUUCUAGUAACUUUUAUCAGCUGUUCAAGUUUGGUAGGCUUCUGAACCCUGAUCUGGAAAGCUCUGGAUCUCUUUUUGUUGGGAGUUAUGUUUUGCAGCUUAUUUUACACCUACCACUGCAAAUGGCAACACAUAUCCGUGACCUGGUUGCUGCUCUUGUUAGACGAAUGCAGUCGGCUCAAAUAGUGGGAUUGAAAAGCUCAUUGUUGCUUAUUUUUGCUAGAUUGGUCCAUAUGAGCGCUCCUCAUGUUGAACAAUUCAUUGACAUGCUGAUAGGUGUACCAGCUGAAGGCUAUGAAAACUCCUUUGUUUAUGUGAUGUCAGAAUGGACUAAUCAGCAAGGAGAGAUUCAAGGGGCCUAUCAAAUUAAGGUCACAACCAGUGCUUUGGCCUUGUUGUUAUCCACAAGGCGCUCUGAAUUGAGUAAAAUUAAUGUGCAGGGACAUCUAAAGUCUGCCGCAGGAAUAACCACUCGGUCAAAAGCUAAAUUGGCUCCUGAUCAGUGGACUAUAGUGCCACUUCCUGUAAAGAUAUUGGCUUUGCUGGCAGACACUGUGAUUGAAUUCCAAGAACAGGCAAUAGCUGAUGAUGAGGAGAGCGACUGGGAAGAAAUUCAGGGAGGGGUGGCAGAGUCUAAUGAUAAUUUGCUUCACUCUGUGGCUGCUCCAUCAUUCGGCAGAACUACAUAUGGCCAACUAGAAGCAAUGGCAAAAGCAUAUAAUGAGAAUGAAGAGGAUGGGGAUGAUGAUGACCAAUUAAGUGUUUCUGAUCCACUCAAUGAGGGUUUGGCACAGAAUCGACGGGAUGCUAUACAGACAUUGGUGGGACGUUGA